UAUGGGCAUUCUACUCCUGAUAAAUGUGUUUAUCUUAUGGUUUAUGUUGAUGAUAUUGUGAUUACAGGAAAUGAUGUUGCGAGAAUUGCUCAAUUAAAGGAUCAUUUGUUCAACCACUUUCAAACCAAAGACUUAGGUCGUUUGAAAUACUUCCUUGGUAUUGAAGUGGCACAAUCAAAAGAAGGAGUCAUCAUUUCACAAAGAAAAUAUGCCCUAGAUAUUUUGGAGGAAACAGGUCUGACAGAUUGCAAGCCCAUUGAUAGUCCUAUGGACUCAAAUAAAAAGUUAAUGAGAGACCAUGGUGAACCUUUCUCAGAUCCAGAAAGAUACAAAAGGUUGGUUGGAAAACUAAUCUAUCUCACCAUAACAAGACCUGAUCUUUCUUAUCCAGUGGGAGUUGUGAGCCAAUUUGUGCAAAAUCCUCAUAUUGAUCAUUGGAAUGUCGUGGUACGCAUCCUUAGAUAUGUAAAAGGGAAUCCAGGUCAUGGACUGUUGUAUGAAAACAAGGGAAGUACUGAGUUAGAAGGAUAUUGUGAUGCAGAUUGGGCUGGUUGUCCGAAUGAUCGAAGAUCUACCACAGGAUAUUGUGUACUCCUUGGAGGGAACCUUGUAUCAUGGAAAAGCAAGAAACAAAGUGUUGUUGCUCGAUCUAGUGCAGAAGCUGAAUACCGAUCUAUGGCCAUAGCUACAUGUGAACUUAUAUGGAUCAAACAACUCCUUCAAGAACUAAAAUUAUGUGAAAAUAAGCCUACGAAGUUGUAUUGUGAUAACCAAGCAGCUCUUCACAUUGCCUCCAAUCCAGUGUUCCAUGAGAGAACAAAACAUAUAGAAAUUGAUUGCCAUUUCAUAAGAGAGAAGUUGUUGUCCAAGGAUCUCAUUACAGAAUUUGUCAAUUCUAAUGAACAAUUUGCAGAUAUUUUUACUAAGUCUUUAAGAGGGCCUAGGAUUCAAUUUAUAUGUUCCAAGCUUGGUGCAUAUGAUUUAUAUGCUCCAGCUUGAG